GCGCGCCCGGCAGCCCCAGUUCAGUGCACUCUGGCGGCGGGGGUGGCGGGAGCAGUUGGCGCCGUGCGGUCCAUUCCGGCCCUGGAACUCACCGGAGGGCGGACGGCCGCUGGGACAGAAGAGAUCCUGGGAGGGCGGGUUGAGAACUGAGACCGGGACUGCGCGUGGUGAGCCGGGCUCUAGCAACCGCCAGUUCUCCCGCAGAUUCCGGAGCGGCGCCCUCCCACCGGCGCCGGAGCCGGGCGUGGGGGGUGCAGCAUGCCCGCGCGCGCGGCUUGAGGACGCCGCGGUCCCCGCUCCAGCCAUGGUAGUCCCGGUCUGCGUGCUAGCGUUCUGCUUUGCUGUCGUGGCCGGAGCUACCUCCGAGCCACCCGGCCCAGAGCAGCGAGUUGUGCGGAGAACGGCAGAGGUUCCGGGGCCUGAACCUAGCCAGCAGGAGCAGGUGGCCUUUGGCAGUGGGGACACCGUGGAACUAAGCUGCAAUCCACCUGGAGGUGCCCCCACAGGUCCCACUUUCUGGGCUAAGGAUGGCACAGGGCUGGUGGCCUCCCACCGCAUCCUGGUAGGACCCCAGAGGCUCCAAGUGCUGAAUGCCUCCCAUGAAGAUGCCGGGGUCUACAGCUGCCAGCAGCGGCUCACUCAGCGUGUGCUGUGCCACUUUAGUGUGCGUGUGACAGAUGCUCCAUCUUCAGGAGAUGACGAAGAUGGGGAGGACGUGGCUGAAGAUACAGGGGCCCCUUACUGGACUCGACCAGAGCGUAUGGAUAAGAAACUUCUGGCUGUGCCAGCUGCAAACACUGUACGCUUCCGCUGCCCAGCUGCCGGCAACCCUACCCCCUCCAUCUCCUGGCUGAAAAACGGCAAAGAAUUCCGAGGGGAGCAUCGCAUAGGGGGCAUCAAGCUUCGUCACCAGCAGUGGAGUUUGGUCAUGGAGAGCGUGGUGCCCUCUGAUCGCGGCAACUAUACGUGCGUGGUAGAGAACAAGUUUGGCAGCAUCCGACAGACAUACACCCUGGACGUGCUGGAGCGUUCCCCACACCGGCCCAUCCUGCAGGCUGGGCUGCCAGCCAACCAGACAGCCGUUCUGGGCAGUGAUGUGGAGUUCCACUGCAAGGUGUACAGUGAUGCGCAGCCACACAUCCAGUGGCUAAAACACGUGGAAGUGAACGGGAGCAAGGUGGGCCCUGACGGCACACCUUACGUCACUGUGCUCAAGUCCUGGAUCAGUGAAAAUGUGGAGGCAGACGCACGCCUCCGCCUGGCCAAUGUGUCGGAGCGGGACGGGGGCGAGUACCUCUGUCGAGCCACCAAUUUCAUAGGCGUGGCUGAGAAGGCCUUUUGGCUGCGUGUUCACGGGCCCCAAGCAGCUGAGGAGGAACUGAUGGAAGUGGACGAGGCUGGCAGUGUGUAUGCAGGCAUCCUCAGCUAUGGGGUGGGCUUCUUCCUCUUCAUCCUGGUGGUGGCAGCUGUGACACUUUGCCGCCUUCGCAGUCCCCCAAAGAAGAGCCUGGGCUCACCCACCGUGCACAAGGUCUCUCACUUCCCGCUUAAGCGACAGGUAACAGUAUCCUUGGAGUCGAACUCCUCUAUGAACUCCAACACACCUCUGGUCCGCAUUGCCCGGCUGUCCUCAGGAGAAGGUCCUGUUCUGGCCAAUGUUUCUGAACUUGAGCUUCCUGCUGACCCCAAGUGGGAGCUAUCCAGGACUCGGCUGACACUUGGUAAGCCUCUUGGAGAAGGCUGCUUUGGCCAGGUCGUCAUGGCAGAAGCUAUCGGCAUUGACAAGGACCGCACUGCCAAGCCUGUCACCGUGGCUGUGAAGAUGCUGAAAGAUGAUGCCACUGACAAGGACCUGUCGGAUCUGGUGUCAGAGAUGGAGAUGAUGAAAAUGAUUGGCAAGCACAAGAACAUCAUCAACCUAUUGGGGGCCUGCACACAGGGUGGGCCCCUGUAUGUGCUGGUGGAGUAUGCAGCCAAGGGCAACCUACGAGAGUUCCUGCGGGCACGGCGGCCUCCAGGCAUGGACUACUCCUUUGAUGCCUGUAGGCUUCCAGAAGAACAGCUUACUUGCAAGGAUCUAGUAUCUUGUGCCUACCAGGUGGCACGGGGCAUGGAAUACUUGGCUUCCCAGAAGUGCAUUCACAGAGACUUGGCUGCCCGGAACGUGCUGGUGACUGAGGACAAUGUGAUGAAGAUUGCAGACUUCGGCCUGGCCCGCGACGUACACAAUCUAGACUACUACAAGAAGACCACAAAUGGCCGGCUACCUGUGAAGUGGAUGGCACCAGAGGCCCUGUUUGACCGAGUCUACACCCACCAGAGUGAUGUCUGGUCUUUUGGGGUCCUGCUCUGGGAGAUCUUUACACUGGGGGGCUCACCGUAUCCUGGCAUCCCGGUGGAAGAGCUUUUCAAGCUGUUGAAAGAGGGCCACCGCAUGGACAAGCCAGCCAACUGCACACACGACCUGUACAUGAUCAUGCGGGAAUGUUGGCACGCAGUGCCUUCACAGAGGCCCACCUUCAAGCAGCUGGUAGAGGAUUUAGACCGCAUCCUUACUGUGACAUCAACCGAUGAAUACCUGGACUUGUCGGUGCCGUUUGAGCAGUAUUCCCCAGGUGGCCAGGAUACUCCUAGCUCCAGCUCCUCAGGGGACGACUCCGUAUUCACCCACGACUUGCUGCCCCCAGGUCCACCCAGUAAUGGGGGACCUCGGACGUGAGGGGCCAACAGUCCUGCAGAUCAAACCCAGCCAAUGUUUACGCGGACCCUAGCCCGCCCUGCUACUGCUGGUGUGCAGUGGACCCCAGCCAGCCCAGUGUGAUGGGCCAACAGUGGACAGGACUUGCUGUGUGUGUCCGUGUGUCCUUGGCUCCUGGGUACAGAGGCCACUUGGGGACACGCACUGCUGUAUAGUGGUCUCCUGACUGGCCAGGGUUGGGAGCACCAAAUGUAGAAUGUAAGAGGGCCCAUCCUGUGCAAUUCUGGGGUUCUGGCUCCCUCAUUUCCCACUUCCACCUUGCAGGGACCGUUGCAGAGAGGACCAUACUCCAUGUCCAGGGUGGACCUUGGCCUUUUGGGUGCCCAAAGCUGAGCCUGCAGGGAAGCUCUGCCCUAUGUGGCAAGCCUCCCUCCUAAUAUGGCACCUUAUGCUUGGGGGCGAGUCACAGCUCUCCACCCCCAGGCCUUUUUUACCCGCCCCUCAGACUGAAAUUACGGGUACCUGAAGGUGGGAGCCAUAACGUCUGUCAAAAGGUUUAUUCCAGAAGCAAAUGUACAUUUAUAUAAAUACAUGUCCUGUACAAUAUAUAUAUAUCUAUAUACAUAUAUAAAAAAGAAUAUAUGGAGGCAGGCAAAGCUGAGGCCAGAGGAGCAGGAUACUCCAAGGGGCUCUCUGGUAAAAUGCCAAGAGCAAGCCGAGAGGCAAGGGGCUUUUCUGGCAGCACAGUUUUGUUUGUAUCCAGACCUGUAUAUUUGUAAAGCUAUUUAUCAACCCUCGGACCCCCAGGUUCCUAGCAUUUAGUCCCAGGGUAUUUGUAUUGCAGAAAUUUUAAGUUAUAACUUAUUAACAGUUGAAGAGGUUUAUGCUGAAUUUAGGGGGUUGCUGAGGUGCAUCUGGCCCACAUCAAGACUGGAGGAGGCGGGCCCCUGGAAGCUUGGCUCCAGUGAGCAUUUUUUAUUUCCUUUGGCCCUCUUUUGUGGGGGAUUAGAUUUAUAUAGGAACUUCCUUCAGGAGUUUUUUUUUUUUUAAAGUUUCAAGGUGACUGGUAUUUUCAUACAGAUUAUUCUAAUUGAUAGUAUUCCAGGCAGAAGCCUAUGUUCAGGGAGGGGCCAGCCCUGCCUGAGGUUCAAUGUUAAUAGAUGUUACAAGUUUAUAUAUAUAUAUAUUAUAUAUAUAAUUUAUUGAGUCUUUACAAGUUGUAUUUGCUAUAGGCUUAACACUUCUAUGCAGUGCUUCUAGACUUUAUAGCCUAGACUGCUACCUUUCAAAGUUUGGGAGUAAGAGUGGUGAAUUCAGUUUGUUACUUUUUGUACUGUUACAGGCCCUAGGCUUGGGUGGCUGUCCCUUGCCUAUCAGCCAGCAGGGCCAGGACAGUGGCUCAGGGUGACUUUUCUUGCGACCCAGCACAUAGUUUGUCAGUCCACACUGGCAGAUGUGAUUUUGUUAACCAACUUACUUUCCAAAAAAUAAAGUGAGAACUGGUUCUGAUCUUCA